UGCUGAAGUGGAUAAUGAAACCUCUCCGAUGCUGCCGGUCACCGCCACACCGAGGAGCUCCAAGAGAAAGUCGGCCCAGCUGGUGUCCUCUCGAAUCAGAAAACAGCUGAAUCUUCUGGACGACCAGCAGGACCUGAACUCAGACGGAGAGGACGAGUUUGUUCCAUCCAAAAAGGAACUCCAGAGCAGCAGUGAGGAUGAUGAUGGUGGGGAAAAGGAGGCAGGGCUGUAUAGCGUUAAUGAGGUGCUGGUUAAAAAGGGCAGACACACUGCGGCAGGUUGUCGUACUCCUCGCUUGAAGCAGAGAACUCGCACCUCUACCAGAACGCCGCGAACAACUCCAAACAAGAAGCAGAUAACACCCGGCACACCACGGACUCCUCACCACGCCACUCCCAGCAUCCCCUGCAGGUUGAGACCAGCCCAACAGCCUGCUAAUGUUCUGGAGGAGGCUAGACUGAGGCUGCAUGUGUCCUCAGUGCCAGAGUCUCUUCCCUGCAGAGAGCAAGAGUUUCAGGACAUCUACAGCUUUGUGGAGAGCAAAAUUGUUGACGGCACAGGAGG